AGCGUUGGUCAGCAUUACUAAUCGUAACUUUGUUUUGACCGCGUGUAAACAAAAUAUUAUAGAACAUUUUUACUAUAUAAGCAAUAAUUAUUUCGUAAUUGGAAUGGUGUCGGUACCAAUAAUAGGCAAGAGGACACUGGAGGUGGAGGAUGACAAAGCCCCUAACGAGGCGGGGCCCGAUCCGUCCGCACCCAUCACGCGUCGAGGGGUGCUCACCUCGUUCCUGACGGGGAAGCCCAUGCAGAUCCCGGAGCAGGACGUGUUGGGUCGCUGUCGUUUUGUCUCUGAAUUUGAGAAACUCAAUAGGAUUGGAGAGGGCACAUAUGGUAUUGUCUACCGAGCCCGGGACAUGAAGACAGACAAAGUGGUGGCCCUGAAGAAGGUGCGGAUGGAACACGAGAAGGAUGGCCUUCCCGUCAGCGGAUUGCGAGAGAUUUCCGUCCUGUUAAGCUGUCGUCACGAAAACAUUGUGCAUCUGAAGGAGGUUGUGGUCGGUCGUAGUUUGGAGAGCAUCUUCCUGGCGAUGGAGUACUGCGAGCAGGACCUGGCCAGCCUGCUGGACAACAUGCAGGCGCCCUUCUCGGAGUCCCAGGUGAAGUGCAUCAUGCUGCAGGUGCUGCGGGGCCUCCGCUACCUGCACCGCAACUUCGUGGUGCACCGCGACCUCAAGGUGUCCAACCUGCUCAUGACGGACAAGGGCUGCGUCAAGAUCGCGGACUUCGGGCUGGCGCGGUGGUUCGGCCUGCCGCUGCGCCCCAUGACGCCCCGCGUGGUGACCCUGUGGUACCGCGCCCCCGAGCUGCUGCUGCAGGCGCGCACCCAGACCACCUCGGUGGACAUGUGGGCGGCGGGCUGCAUCCUGGGCGAGCUGCUGGGGCACCGGCCCCUGCUGCCCGGCCGCUCCGAGCUCAGCCAGCUGGAGCUGAUCGUCGACCUGCUGGGCACGCCCUCCGACUCGAUCUGGCCCGAGUUCUCGUCCCUCCCAGCCCUGCAGAGCUUCACCCUCAAGCAGCAGCCCUACAACAACCUGAAGCAGCGCUUCCCCUGGCUGUCGUCGGCCGGCCUGCGCCUGCUCAACUUCCUCUUCAUGUACGACCCCAAGAAGAGGGCCACUGCCGAGGAGUGUCUGCAGAGCUCCUACUUCAAGGAGGCGCCCCUCCCGUGUGACCCAAAGCUGAUGCCAACAUUUCCACAACAUCGUAACCUGAAGACUGCGAAGCCCCCAGCCAACCUGACGCAGACAGCCACCACGCAGGAAACAAGUACCACCACGGUGGCCGAAAAUCCCCUCAGCCUUCCUGCAAUAUCUGACUUGUUGGGAUCGCUUGUGAAGAAGAGAAGAAUUGAGUGAAGAAAGUACAUACAUAUUUUUUUAAUAAUUUGUCAAUGUUUUUGUAAUACAUGUAAAGUUACUUGCAAGGAAAUGUGUAUUUGUGAACAUAAAACUCUUAUGAUUGUCGAUAA